UCCAAAUUUACCAUACCAAUACUUAAUAUCAUUACUUGCAAAAGAGUAUAGUUAAUUGGAAAAUUGCAAAAGGGAUUCCUAUAUAAGUGUGAAAUUGUGAAAUGUAACGAAAGUAAAAUAUUAAGUUUUCUAAAUUAAAUUGCUAAUAUCUACAAUAGAUGGAAAAUAAAUUAUUAAAUAUGUUCUUUUAAAUGACUACUUACCUAUAUGUUUAUUUAUAUUUAUCCGGCUUGAAAGUCCCUAAAAAUGUUUUUAAAAAGGAAUUUACUUGAAACUUCAGCGUUAAUAUCGACCGGAGGCACUUUAAUAUGCAUCUUUCUCAACUAUUCAACCAAUAUUUCGCCUAUCACUGGUAUUUGGUUUACAAUGUACAUUUUGAUCGUUUUUAUAGUAUCUAUACUAUUUAGUUUUAAGUUUAUACAGUGGCUGUUACAUUUAAAUAAGCCUAUAAAUUACAACUUAGAAGAUGUCGUAAAGGCGUAUCCACAAUUAUCGUUUCUGUGUCGGGUGCUACCACCAAACAGGAAGAAGGUUGCUGGUGAGGAUUGUAAGGAAUAUGACACUAAUGAGCUUAGUGUUAUAUCGAGCGUGUUGGAGAGGAAACUCGUGUCGUCAUGGUAUAUACCGUACAUAUCGGACGAAAUUGGUUUUCCAUUUGCUUGUAAACAAAUGCUGGAUCAAAUGAUUGGGAAGACAUUUCAGAUCUGUAACAAGAUCGAAACAAAAGAUAUUUACAUCGACAUCUGUUCCAUUCUUGUCAGCCACUUGAAAGAGUACAAAAGAGCACUCAAACGCCACGAAAGCACUCCAAAGGAGCCCAUCGAAUCCCUAUACAAGAAAUCCCAUUGUAUAUGGAAUGCAUCAAACAAAACGGAACCUGCCGAUCAUUGUGCUGACAUAUUACGGGUGAUACUCAAAGACCUUGUAUCCUGGGAGCUCUGGGAGACACCACAAUUGGAGUUACUGGUCAGAAUUCUAUCAAAGAAGUUGGACAACUUCAUUGAUAAUACACUAGCAGAUCCUGUCUGGAUAAAUGAUAAAUUGAUGACUGCAUUGAAAGGCAAAGCAGAUAAGAAAGAAGACAAACCUGAAGCUAAGCCUGUUGAGGUGAUAGAGGAAAUUAAAAAGGUAGAAGAAGAAUCUGUUACGAAAGAUGUAGUACAAAAUGUUAAACCACAAAUAACAAGCGUAGAAUCUGCAUUAUCAACUCUGAUGACAAAAAGCACAGCUCCGAUUCUGCAGAGACCUGUAAAUGAGGAUUAUGCCAAUGGAGAAGACAUUAUUGAGGAGGUACCAGUUACAUCCAGUGAACCGGUUGACAUUAAGUCAUCUCCAAUAAUGAGACAGCGACGAGGCAGGCAGGGCAGGAAUGAGGUGAAGAUCUAUGACAGGAUUAUAGAAGGUAGUGUAAAAACCUGGGAAUCGGACAUGGACCUUCAGUGUAUCAGUCUCGGCCAGGAUCUGCUAGCCAGCCUCGAUGGAGAGAUAACUCUGAGCCGUCUCUGGGGUCAGGAUACAGAAGCCGAUGGUAGCCCUAACCCACCGCAAAGUAAAUCACCACAGCCUUUAUGGUUUGGGGAAGAAGACACCAUGGAUUUAGAACUCGACUCCAGCCCGAAGGAACGGAGCCCCAUAAAGAAGGAGCACAGCCAAAAGCCAGCGGAUGCUCUACUCAAGGACCUUCAGAGCACUGUGCACCAAGCUAAGACAAAGAUAGGCGACCUCCAGGUCUCAAACACUGCCAAAAUAGAUGUGCCCUGCAAGCGCUCCAGUGAUGAAGCCGCUGGUAUGAUGGAAGGUCUCCUCGACUUUGGUAUAGCUGGUCUGAAGAAGGGUCUGAGGUUGACCGGCCUCAGCGACGACUCGCAAGAUAAAUCGCCAUCUUCACUCAAGGAGCGUGUUGACAAGAUCUCACCGGCAGAGAUUAACAAAAAGGCGGAUAUCAAGGAGGCCGUUACAUCUACCGUCAUACAGAGAGAGGAUGUCAGCAGCACUCCAGCGCCACCUCUGUUGAAACAGCAGAGAGUUAUAUCACAAGACAGUCUGCCAUCCCAAGCGAAGCCUAUACUAGUGCCUCGUGGAGACUUCCCUCCGCCGCUGGUGGCUCUGUCUGACUCCCCAGAACCAGAGUACGAGGAAGCUGCCGAUCUGUCUACCAGCAUCGCGAAGCUGCGGUGUUUGUUGCAGCAGCGAGCUGAAGCCAGUCCAAAAUCUGAGGAUAUCUGGUGGGAAAGUGCUGAGGAGACGCGAGGACGCACCCAGCAUUCUACGCGCCAUGGACCCGUGGAUACCGCCACACUAGCUGAUGAAUACGACAUGAAUGCAGAUAGAAAUUCCUCACCUGGACAAACUUUAAACAACAUACAGUUAUUGGGAAAGCUGUUCCAGAGGACUGUGACGGGCAUGUUCAACUCGAUCAAGACAGCUGUGGGCGCGGAGGGGGGCGAGCAGGCCGCGGGGGGGGAGCCGCGCCCGCACCACGCCCACCGCUGGACAUACGUCUACACCUCCGUUGAACUCAGCGUGUGCUGCUCUGUGGUGCGUCUGUUGAGCGCUCGACGAGCUCUCGAUCACGUGGACACGGCGUUGGACUCGCUGCACUCACUGCCGCCCGCUUCCGCUUCCGCCUCCGCUUGUGGGUCCGCGACCGCCCGUGGAACCCCAGUCUCUGUGACUAGCGCCUCGCUCGCCGCCGAUGACUUCGAGGAGCAGGUGUGGUGCGGGUGGAGAGGCUGGAUCGCAACCAGCGCCGCCGCCGCCGCCGCCGGGGUCGCGCCCUCACAUGUAGCGCAGCGCCUCGCGGCGUUACUCGCAGCCGACCUUGUAGAAUCUAUGAUCGACGCGUGGUUAGCGGAUCUGAGCGCUUGGCUGAAGCAGCAGGUGUUUGUUAUAUUCAAGGACAUGUCUGAACAAGUUCCGGUCAGCCCGGCCAAGGAAGAACCCAUGAGAGAGUUUGAUAGAGAAGAGACUAUCGCCGCUAUAUUGGAGAAGGUACCGGCAUUAUACGUGUUCGGUGAGGAGACAUUAACAGGCGCAGUGACAUUGGUCGUAUCCAGCUUCAGUCACAAGGAAGUGAACCGGGACCUCGCAUUUCGGAUGCUGGACGUAUUCGCUCUGCACUUCAAGAAGUCGGCGGCGUUAAGGAGUCUAUCGUUCGAUACUAAUUAGAUGGUCCUAGUCUAUCACCUGAUUUAGGACCAUUCAUCAUCAGAUUUUCGCAGUUAGCUCUGCGUUAGUGGCAUUCCCAAUAAAUUCUAGCAGAUGGCUCGAAGGACCAAUAAAUGUCUCAAAG